AAAAAAAAAGUGAAAUAACAGCUGCCGUCAAUUAAGCCAACAGGAACAGGGUUCUUCUGCUGGUGGGUACCCAGUGUGCGUGUAGUGGCUGCAAACAGCAAUCUCCUGGGUAGUGUAUGUAACCUGCUGCUUAUAUGGGCUGCUCUAAGGGACCUUAGAGACACUGCUUCCAGGUGGAUGUUCAUUAUCUGACCUCCUACUGUCCCCCCAACGCAAGCUCCAGACAGGCAUGUUAGGUGCCUUUGGGAAGCUCCAGGGCACACUGGCCAGGGUUCACAUUAGACAGGUCAUCAUGUCCAUCUGCACCACGCUGCAGAACAAGGAACAUGUGAUUGAGGUCUUACACAGGGCCAAGUUCAAGUGCCCUGGCUGCCAAAAGAUUCACAUCUCCAAGCAGUGGGGCUUCACCAAGUUUAAUGCAGAUGAAUCUGAAAAUAUGGUGGCGGAGAGGCGCCUUAUCCCUGAUGGCUGCAGGUUGAAAUACAUCCCAAACCCUGGUCCCCUGGACAAGCGGCAGGCCUUGCAUUCUUGAAGGCUUCUACUGUGCUGCCCCUCCCUGUGACAAGUUCAUCAGUAAACUUUAUCUCCACCUUCCCCGCAAAAAAAAGAAAUCAAAUAACAAAUGUUGACUAGGCUUCAGGAAAGAAGAAAUCCUUCUACACUGAUGAUACAGAAAUUAGUAUGGAGAUUUCUCAAAUAAGUAAAUCUAGAAUUUCCAUUUGAUCCAGCUAUUCCUCUACUAGGUAUCUUCCCAAAAGCGUUAAAGACAUUACAUUACCAUGAUACAUGCACACCCAAUGU